AUGCCACGCAAAAAGGGAAACUCAAGGGGCUCUUCUCGUGGAGGCGCUCGUGGGGGCAGCUCUCGUGGAGGACACGGCGGCCGUGGGGGUUCUCGUGGAGGAGGCUCCAACUAUGGUCGUUUCUACUUAAGCAAGUCUGCUAGACGGAAGGGGAAAGGCAGGUUUAACCCGGGUGGUUCCAAUGGAUACGACGAUCCGGAAUUCAUGGAUCUUGGUUCGGGCCAAUAUAUGCCUGCGGUGGAUAUUGACUCUUCGCCAGCUCCUCUGUCGAUGAAGGCGCUUUCCAGAAGACCAAAUAGAUCUAUGGUGGAGGAGGCGAGGUAUACGGAUCGCCACCUGGGACAUACCAUGAAGGAACCGCUUCGAAAUAAACCGCUAGUGUUUGUGAAGUCGGUGGAGGUUUACGAUCCAAGCAAGUUGACUGUGGAUAAGCUUUUGAAGAAGGAGCCCAUCGAGAUCACCGAAGAACUCCAGCUGCUUCGCAUGAAUGAUGACGAGCUGGUAUCUCCCGAGGGAGAGCUGGAUAGUGACGCUGCCAAUGAAGAAGUAUCUAGUAGCGGUGAGUUAUCUGGUCCUGGCGACGAGACUCCGAAGGAAGAGUCGUCUGAGAGUGCUAAGGAGAGCGAUGGUGAAACGGAAGCCGAGAAGGAGAUCCGUUCGUCUGACGAUGACCAAGAACAAUCUACUAUUGACGUACAGAUGGCAUACACGCCAGAAGAAGAUCUGGAUACGUCUGUUGAACAAGAAACAGAGCCAGAGUAUAACGACGAUGAACCUGCCUUCAUGAUUGAUGAUAAGGGCGAUGAGACCAUUUCUGCCAUCUACGGAGCACCAAAAGCAUCUACCAGUGAGGUUAUUCACGAAGCUCGCCGUAGACAGACUCUGUAUGACGAUGACUCAUUUGCUACCGCUGAAUUAGCUGAUCCUGUUGCAUCUUUGGAGCACGAUCCUUAUCUAUCUGUUGGAAAGGUCCUUAUACGCACUGAGAUCGACGAUGAUGGUUCAGUGGUGGCAGAAAUGCCAAGUGGAAGAGCUCCUAGAAAGGGUACUGGCUUCAAGGAUCUCGAUAGUGAUUAUUACGAGGAGUUCUCCGAUUCUGACGAGGACGGAGCCUUUGAUGACUACUUGGCUCAAAUCAUGGGAGCAAACGGCGAUGCUCACGAUGACUACGACAGCCAGAGUGACAACGAUAACUACGACAUUUACUUCAGCGACGAAGAUGACAUUGAUGACGUGCAUGUUUCCGAUCAGGAUGGCCUUGAAGGCGAUGAUGAUGGCCUUGAGGAUAUCUUAGCCUUCACUCAAAACCAACAGAAGAGCUUCGCUGACCUUGAUGUUCCACCUACAAAGACACUCAGAGCUAAGGGACGUACGAAGAAACUUAGGCUUGAAUUCGAGGAAGCCGUCGAUGCUGAGCUUCGUGAAUCCCUCCUUGAACAAUUCCAGUACCAAAAGAAAUCGAGGCGAGACAAGAAGCUUCGAAAGAAGGAGAGACUCAAGAUGGAAGGCCUUGACAAGAAGGACCUCUUUGUCAAGUAUGACUAUUCCUUACACAUCAAAGACAUUAAAGGAGAGUUGGAGGAUUUCUUACAGGAUGCUGACAGAGAGAAUGUCAGUUUCCCUCCAUUGGAUCCUCAUGGAAACAAGACAAUAAGCAAACUUGCUAAACACUACAACAUGAAGUGCACAAGGUGUGGCAAUGGCCGCCACAUCUUCAUGAAGAUUAGCAAGGCUCGGAAGACUUUCCACUAUCUUCCGGACUACAACCUGAUAAACUACGUCAUGAAGCAGCGUCCUAUCUUCAAGAGAUCUGAUGUUAAGAAGCGGACUAGAGAAGAAAUCGAAGAGACCGACGAGAAAGCAAGCGGCAGACGUGGACCCAAGAAUAGAGCAUAUGUCAAGGAAGGUGAUGUUGUUGGUGGUGAAGCUCCAGAGAUUGCCCAGAAUAAUAUUGGUAGACAAUUGCUUGAGAAGUUAGGAUGGGUCAGAGGUGAAGGACUUGGUGCACACGGUAACAAGGGUAUCAGUGUUCCUCUUAUGGCUACUGUGAAGAAGUCCAAGACAGGUUUGAAGUAA